AUGGUACUUUCAACCUUUGAUAAGUACAUACCGUACAUUACAAUCUUUUAUAGAGUAAGUUUUCUAAUUGGACUUCUAUCGUUAUUGUUUGCAAAAUUCGUCCUACCAGAGUUUCUACAAUAUGGGAAAACACUAUAUCCAAUAAAGAAAUCUGACAAGAAACUUAACCACAAAAACUCAAAACUGAACACGAUAAUUCAUUACACAGUCCCCAAAGCAUACUUCGCUCAUUUUUAUAUUCUUUCGACAGUACUUUCACUUAUAACCUGCGCUUCCUACGCUGGAUACACUUUACCCUGGCUCGUACUAUUCCACUCUAUACGAAGAUUAUACGAGACGCUGUAUGUCUGUAAGUAUACUAAUAAGUCUAGGAUGAACUGGUCACACUAUGUUGUUGGUAUUUGGUUUUAUUCAGUCUUACAUAUAAUAUUGAAUAUUAAACUUAAACAGGGCAUAAUACUGAGUGAUUUACACAAAUAUUCAUCUGCUCUAUUUAUUAUUGCUUCAUGGGAUCAAUAUAUGAACCAUAAAGUUCUAUCUGGGUUGGUAAAAUAUUCCUUACCAAAAGACAGGCUAUUUAAAUUGAUAUCUUCUCCUCAUUAUUUAGAUGAACUAUUAAUAUACGGUUCAUUCAUAUCAUACAAUGCAGAAUUUCUUUGGCUUGUUGUCUGGAUAUUUACUAGUCUUGCCAUAUCUGCUAUUGAAACUCAGAGAUAUUACAAGAUUAACUUCCCUAACGACAAAAUAGCACCAUAUGCAUUCAUACCCUUUCUCCUCUAG